AUGAUGACUGGUACUUCUAAUACUGAGGACCAGUUACCCUUAAUCCAAGAGAUGAUGCAAGACUUACGAAGGGAAAUGCAACAGAAGUUAGCAGAGAAAGACGCGGAAAUAGCGUUACUAUCCGCUCGGCUGAAAGAAAAAGCCAUCAUAGGUGAGCAAGACAGGGGCAAAACAAAUGAAUCGGUGACCCAGGAACAACAAACAAAAGAGGAAAAAGCAGAGAGCUCUACGAGCACAAUUUCCCCAAACGACAUAAAGGCAUUAAUUGCUGAGGGGAUUCGUGAGUUCCAAUUGUCUAUAACGCCUCAUAUUCAAGGGUAUCGAAAACCCUUCCCUUCUCACUAUGACGCCAUACCAUUCCCGAAGGGUUAUCAACGGCCUAUAUUUGAUAAAUUUGAUGGCAUAAAUAGCUCACCCCAUGAACAUCUGGCACAUUUUUAUUCAACAUGUGGUGAGACAUCUCAGUCUGACGCUCUCCUGGGACGACAUGCAAAAAGCAUUUUUGGCACAGUUUGUCAGAUGGUCUCAAUCAUGGACCUAGCUCAAACUACCCAAAAGCUAGGGGAAAGUGCUAAUGACUUCAUAAUAAGAUGGAGGAGCCUCAAUCUUCAAUGCCCGAAGAAAAUUACCAAGCAAUCAACAGUGCAAAUGUGCUACAACAACCUCAUGCCAGACAUUGCGACUUUUGUUGCCACUGCUGAACCCCAAUCAUUUGAUGCUUUGGUGUCAAAGGCAAGCAAUGUUGAAAGACAAAUUGCUCGCCAAAAGUCCGCGACCCAAAAAAUUCAAUUUGGGGAGAAGAAAAAUGACAAGAAGUCUGUAAAGGGAGAGUCAUUGGCCACUUUUGUCAAAACAGAGAAGAAGAAUGACAAAGGCCAAAGCAAAGACCCACCCAAAAGGCUCACUCUUAAAGAGUGCAAAGAGGUCAAAUAUUCUUUUGACGAUGAGGAUGUAGAUGAAAUCUUUGACCAACUUCUGGCCUCCAAAGGUAUUACCUUGCCAGAAUCAAAGCGUCCUGCUGAGACUAAUAAGACAAAUGACCUUAGGUACUGUUGGUAUCAUCGCCUCAUCAGUCAUACGCUCAAUUUAUAUCCUAAAGGACAAAAUUCAAGAGCUCCUCAACAAUGGCGGCUUGGUGAUAGACCCUUCUUCCUAACAUCAUUCAGCUACGGUAAAUAUGAUAGAAGAAAAGCUCACACCCACCACUGCAUUACUAGGUGGAGUAAAAUUUGCAGGUAUUAA